AUGAAUCCCAAAGGGUUUACUUUGCGGAUGAUUCACAGAGACUCCAAAGAAUCACCCUUUUACAACCCUCUUGAUAAUUUGAUGGCACCAGACGAAAGAUUUCAAUCCCUCAUCGACCAAUCCAGAGCUCGAGCACGAUACAUUGCUUCACAAAUAACACUCGCGAUGAAUCCUGAUGUUUUGGUGCCGGUGGGUUACGAUGAAGGAACAUUUUACUACGCUGCAUCUUUGGGCAUAGGUACAUUUCCUAAUGAACAGGAUGGAUACAUGAAUUACUAUUUAUUGAUUGAUUCAGGCAGUGAUCUUACUUGGCUUCAAUGCCGAGGUGCCACACAAUUUUUCGAUCAAGAUUCGCCUCUUUAUCCUUGGGAGGAGUCAGAAUCAUAUCAACCUUUUCCUUGUCAGAGUCAUACUGGUCCUUCCUGUAAUAGCUGCAAUGCAAAGGGAGAAUGUGCUUACAAAAAUUAUUAUGCGAGUUCUCAAGUUUCAUCUGGUGUUGUUGCCAAAGAAAAAUUCACUGUAAAAUCAAGAAGCAGCGGCAUUGAAACUUUUACAGGCAUAAUGGGCUGUGGUUUUUUCCAAGCAAAUUUUACCAUUGGUAAUAACCACAGUAAACAGAAACCUGAUUUUAUCGCAGGAAUUCUUGGUUUAGGAAGUGGUCCAAACUCUUUGAUAAGCAAUUUAGGUCCUCUUGGACAAGGUAAAUUUUCCUACUGCUUUGUGAAAAAUAGCUCGGAUGGUUUCGUAGGAAACACAUUUUUAAGUUUUGGUGCAGAUGCGACGAUUGAAGGCCAAGUUGGCAGAACUCCCCUAGUAGAAACCAGCUUUGAGACAUCGUACUAUUACUUGAAUCUUGAGGGUAUCAGCGUGGGUGGUAAUAGACUGCCAAUUCCAAGAAGAGAAUUUGAGAUUGACAACAGAGAUGGAACUGGCGGUUGCAUCAUAGAUUCUGGGGUUCCACUUACCACCAUGUAUAAAAACAUUUUUGAUGUGGUUGCCGAGAAUCUAGAGACAUAUUUUCAGCAAUAUGGUAUGCGUCGUGCAGGAUUUACCGGAAGCUUGGCUUGUUUCAUUCCUCUAGCUGGACAAGAGUAUAUAAAUCCCACCAUAAUAUUUCAUUUUCAACAGGCUGAUUAUGUUAUUUCAGAGACUUGGUUUGAGAGGCAAGGAAACGUUUGUUUAGCUAUGGCUAGCUCGGAUUCCAAUAAGCCGGCUGUGGUUUUUGGAGCAUUUCAACAGGUUAAUAAGAUGAUUUUGUAUGAUAGUAUGGAUAUGUCGCUCUCAUUUGUAGAUGAGAACUGCGGAAGAGGUGGGUGA